GCUUUCAGGUAUUUUCCUUCCCUCUUUAUAUCUCUCGUUAUUUUUAUUCUCCUUUAUUUUUCAAUUGUUUUGUAGCUCAUUGCUUUCUGAUUGCAUAUUGAGUUUGGUUUUGGCUUCCUAAGAUAAAGAAAUAAAGAAUUUCUCUGAUCCCGCUGCGUAUUCCAGCGCGAUCGGUUGAUUUUCUUUAAUUAGUUGUUUUUCUUUUCCUGGAUUGCCCACUGUAUUUGAAACUUUAGAUUCUGCCUACCUAAAAAUUGGUUCUUGAUUGAUGUGGUAGUUUUGUUUUGUUUUCAAGAAUCUGCCGCUGAGGUGGUUUUCAUUAAAUUCAAGAUAGAAACGGCACGGUUUCUAGGGUUCGUUUAAUCAGAUUGCAAUUUGGGGUAAAAAAAGAUGACAAUUUUGUGACUGGUGGGAAAGGGGCAAUAUUAGAUUGAAUUUUUUUUUGAGGGGUUGAUUUUGGUGAAUUUUAUGUUUAGGGAUACUUUUGGUUGUUGAUUGAGGUAGCGGCGUGGUUAGAAAAAAAAAGAAUAAAAUUUACUAAAAAAGGAAAUUGUGAAUGGGUGAGCAUUUGGUGGUGAAUAUGGACCAGCUGCCGAAGCCUGAGGUGGUUGAGCAUAGCCAACCGGUGUCUCACGCCGUUUCAUGUGGUUCCGUGGGGAAGAAGUCUGAGUUGGUGGGGACGUCAUCGUCAUCAGCACCGGAGGAUGAGAAGGUGGUGGUGGUGGUGGAAAAUGAGGAUGCAGACGAGGAGGCGCCGCUGAUAGGGAUGGGGGAGUGCCGGAUUUGUCAGGAGGAGGAUUCGAUAAACAAUUUGGAGAGCCCGUGUGCUUGCAGUGGGAGUCUUAAGUAUGCUCACCGCAAAUGUGUUCAGUACUGGUGCAAUGAGAAAGGAGACAUUACUUGUGAGAUCUGCCAUCAGCCAUAUCAAUCGGGCUAUACUGCUCCUGCACGGCCUCCAUCCGAUGAAACUAGCAUUGAUAUCGGGAGUGUCUGGCAAAUCUCGGGCACUCCCCUGGAUAUGCACGACCCUCGACUUCUGGCCAUUGCUGAGGCUGAGCGCCAGUUGUUUGAAGCUGACUAUGAUGAUUAUAAUGGUACAAGCAACAGUGGCACAGCAUUUUGUCGUUCGGCUGCUUUAAUUUUGAUGGCUCUUCUGCUACUGAGGCAUGCUCUAUCCAUCACCGAUGAUGGAGAUGGAGAGGGAGACGAUGACGCUUCCACCUUCUUCUCUCUGUUCUUGCUCCGAGCCGUCGGUUUUCUCUUGCCUUGCUACAUCAUGAUCUGGGCCAUCAGUAUCUUGCAGCGCCGCAGGCAAAGACAGGAGGCUGCGGCUCUGGCAGCCGCCCGGUUUGCUAUUGUCGUGCAAGCGGCACAAAGCAGAGGUCUUCUCGUUGCCUCAGCUGCGCCCACAAUCACUUCACAGGCGACUCCUCACCUCGAACAUGCUUGAUUUUAAGUGGGAGGCUCCUGCUUGGUGCGCUGCCUCGUUCCUUGGGAAAGACUGUACGGUACGGUCGUGUGUGAAUAUGUGGUGGAUACUACAGCCAAUGUGUAUAUUUAAGUAAUGGUAGUUGUGAUAAGUGUUGGGAAUUAGCCUUCAAUCAAGUUCUUAGCCUUUUGUUUUAUCCUACUUUUCUUCAAUAUUUUUCUUUUUUGAAAAAAAAAAAAUUGGGAAUAUUUUGAGCCUUUGAUUUCCUCCUUGGUAGCUAGGGUUCCAACUUGUAAAGAUUUUUCAAGGAAUACAAUAGAAAAAUCAUACUACAUGUUUAACUUAUUAGAUUCUUUUCUUGGUUUAUUA